GAGAAGGAAACUGCUGAGGAAACCUCUAUUCAAAACCGGAGCCCUCAACAAUUUGAAGAAGAAAUCCCUCCAGUCCAAAGCCUUCCAACCUCAUCUCAGCCUCAUACAGAUGAUGCUGACAACAAAUUCUGGCAGCUCUACUAUAAUUGGAGAGCUUGGAAAGUUGGAAAUUCAGAAGAGCAACUGUUGGAUUGGGACCAACAGCUGAAGAAUGAAAAGAUUAUCAAGAAAUGCCUAGGACUACCAGUCAGCCACUGCUGUGAAGACAUCUUGGAUGACUACUGGGUAUGGCAAAGGAACAAUGAGGAUCUGCAUCUGGAACACUUGACCACUACACCAGUUUCAGACUUUGAAGCAGAUGAUGAAGAUACUGCAGUCUACAAGCCAGUCUUCUCAAAAGCCACAGAAGAUCAAAUGGCUCCCACUUCUGAAGAAAUAGCUGUUUUGGAAACAACAGCUGAGGAUUUCCCUAUCUUUCCGGAAACCUCACCUGCAUUUGAAAUGGUUCUGACUGAAACUGUUCAAGAGAAGGCAGCCUCUCCCCCACAAGAGCAGAACCAGGAAGCAACUGAAGAAGAAGAAUUUCAGCGACUGAUCCAAUCUCAAGUGCUCGAGAUCCUCACAACUCCCUGUGAGAUCUCCAAUCAGACACAACUUGAGAUUCUGGAAAAGUCAGCAGAAAUUCCGGAACAGUCAGCUAUUCCAGAAAUUAUGGAGAAAGAAGUAGAAGUCCAAAGGCACUCUGGAAAAUCUGAGAAGGAAUCUCAGAUGGCAGAAGAGGAGGUCUCUCAAACUCCAAUAGCCAUUUUUGAAGAACCAAAUGAAGCUGAAGAUAGUGACUCACUCUCAAGAUACAUAUCAAAUUUUGCACUUGAUGAAGCAGAAGGCAAAUAUGAGAGGACACUAAAGAUCACUGAUGAAGAAGAUAUGCAAGAAGAUGCUGAAUCUCUUCCUUUGCAACUCUUUCAAAGGACAUCAUCUCCUCAUCAGGUAACUAAUUUUCACUUCCAUAGCUCUUCCACUCCUACUCUUCCGGAUGAGAUACCGGAAACCUGGACAAAGAAGGUCCAAGGGCUGAUUGAGUCAGCCCUAGCAUCUCAACAUGCCUCCUUUAGGCAAGAGAUAGAGCUAAUGGAAGCCAAACACACUGAGCUGAUAGAGAAAGCUAAAGAGAAAUACAGCGCUGAUCUCAAGGAGAUAAGUAAAUCAGUAGAAAAGACUCUAGAGAUCAUCUCUCUAUUAAGUAAAACUGUGAGCAAUACGAUGGAAAUAUACACCUCUGACAGUCAACUGCAAUUCAAUGAAUUCAACAAAGUCAAGGAGCAAAUAGCAAAUGUCACAAUUGGUUUACAAAAACAGAUGUCCCUUCUCCAAAUGGACAUCAGAUCAGCCCUAGCUAUAGCUUCAGCAAAUCAGGUAGUAACCAAAGACUACUUGAAGGUGAUCAUUGACAAUCAAAAGGAAGCAUACAAGCUAUUCAGACUUAUUGGUGCACAUUCUGGGAACCGCAAGAUGGAAGUAAUUCUCCAACAACACAGUCCAUCUCCAAUACCACAGCUCCCUAUUGCAGUCAACGAAGGAGAAGCAUCUUAUGUCCCUUCUCAUCUGCACAUGACUAAUCUGAUCCUUGAAGCACAGCAAAGAAAUCCGGAAAACUCAGCACAGCACCUAUCCAGCUCAGGACUGGAUGGAACAGAAUUUAUAGCCAAGCAGAAUCUGCUGAAGCUGAAAACAGUCAAGGCGGAAGAAAUCACAAAAUCUCAAGACAAAAACUUGGUUUAGGAAUUAUUGUAAUUUGAAUUGUAUUUGUUUAAGAGUUUUUGUUAACAAGCUGUAUGUUAUGAGAAACUAAAAGAAAGUUACAAAAUUAGUUCUCAAUACAGCGACCGAAACUCUUAAACACUUGUUUGUCAUCAUCAAAAAGGGGGAAAUUGUUGGGAAAAAUAUUAUAGAUUUUGAUGAUGAUUUAUGUAAUAGGGACUUUAGGUCUCCCCCAAUAUUCAAUGUAAUUUUUCUUUUUAGAAAUAUUGUUAAAACAAAGUUCUUGAGUUUUCCAAUAAAACUGUGAUAUUUCU